CAUGUAUGAGAAUUACUAGACAGGCCCAUAGCAAUAAUUCUUUGCAUUCACAAAAAUUUAUAUAAAGUUCUUGUACAUUUGGCUAAUAAAUAGGCCUACUUCAUAAUUUUAUUUCUACAAUGUAUAGCGAGGAAUGAGCAUUAUAUUUUACCUUGCCUCCCUGCUUGUGUAAAUAUUCUCGUAAUUUGCUUUCACAUUGCAAAUAUGCUUGUAACUUUGGCAGAUACAUGAACUUUUACUUUUUCAUAAUUUUGAUGAAAAAGUGCCUAUUUUCAAGAUACUUUAGUCACAUAGGCAAACAAUUAAAUACUGUAUAUUGCCUAUUGAGGCAGGUGUUGACGUGCCUACCUCAAGAUCGGUCCCAUGUUACCUCAAUGAAACCUGGCUACCUUUAAGGAUCUUUGGCUUAUCAGGGUAAUAAUCUUGAUAAUCACCAUGUUUGAAGACUAAUCUGAAGUACAUGAGUAUAAUCUUGUUAGGUGUUCUGUAUAAUGAUAUGUACAUGUAUUAAACAUGUUUUGGUGGUUCUUAAUUAGGAGAAAAUAACUUGUGAGAGAAGAAGUUACAUGUAGCAUUCUCAAUUCUGCAAGCCAGGACGAUGGAGUAGCAUCUCUGACAUCUCUCUCAUUCUUGCGGAUAUUUCUGGACUAUAUAACACUUUUUGGACAGUUUACCAGCAUGUACAUUGUUUUAAGUUUGGAUCAGGAUUUUAACAUAUCAUUCAUAUUGUGAAUAAACUUAUUAAUAGCAUCCUGUUCAUGUAUUUUAUGGAAUAAACCAUCCUUGAAUGGGAAGCAGUCCUAGUGUAAACUCAUCAGGCAAACAUCGUGGACAGGAUGGGAGAGACCCAAAGAGUGAUGCACAUCUCUACACCCACAUACCUGUUGGGUUGUCCUACCCGACUGAAGGAAAGUAUGCAGAGAUGUACGGAAGGACUACCUUUGGAUCUGGUCACACCGGACCAGGCUCCUUUGCCCAUCAUAGGAAUAAAGCUGGAGCAAGUCUUGAUGGAGAUUCCAAAGCGUUGGGCAUCCUUCAUUCAGACCGAAGCCCCAUCAAGCCAAGAGUGGUCAAGAUUGUCAAGACUGGACCCAAGCCCAGGAAGAUGGUGUCUCUGCUGAUCAACAAACGUAGUGUACAGUCUUAUGAACAAUUGAUCCAGGAUGUCUCAGAUGCCUUUGGCCUGCCAAAGUACAAGAACAACAGGGUACGGAAGCUGUAUACGGUGAAAGGGAAGGAAGUGAAAAGCCUUGUUGAUUUUUAUAGAGACAAGGAGGGAGUGUUUAUUGCAUCGCCAUCUAGAAGCAGCCUCUCGGAGGAUACUUUUCUUGACAUUUAUGAGGAACUCUUCCCAGACAGUCCAUAUGCCCAGAAUUUCCGUAAGAGGAAAGGUAAAAAGAAAGAUGGAGCAAAACAUGAUAGUGGAAUAAGUGAUGAGGAAGUCAAGAUAGGAAAGAACAAAAGAGACAGAAAUAAACUGAAGGACAGUGAUUCAAGGUUGAACGAUAGCAGGGGGUCAGAUUUGACAACCGAUGGUUCAAAUAUUAAUCAAAAGGACAGUGAUUGGAAGAGGGAGGAGGAAUUGGAGAGGAGAAGGAAGGAAUUGGAGGAGAGAAUGCAGGGAGAUAUCAAGAAAAAGGAAUCUGAGUUACAACAGAGAGAAGAAGAAUUAAGAUUAAAGGAAGAAGAGUUGAAGAGGAAGGAGCAGGGUGAACGAGAGAGGAAGGACAGAGAACGAGAAGAUGAACUGGCAAGAAAAGAGGCAGAAUUGAAAGCAAAGGAGGAAGAAUUGAAGAGAAGAGAGAAAGAAGAGGGGCAGAAGCUGCAGGAACUCCUAGAAGCUGAUGCACAGCGUAAAAUAGAGGAAGCCAGGUUGAAAGCACAAGCUCUGGCAGAGAGAGAAGCCAGGGAAGCAGCGGAAAGGAGAGCAGCGGAUGAAGCAUCAAGGAGAGAGGAAGCAGAGAGAAACGCAAGGCUUGAGAUUGAGAAAAGGAAAAGAGAUGAAGAAGAUCUCAAAAGGAAAGAAGAAGCAGAGAGGAGAGGAAGACUUGAAGCAGAAAUAAAUGUCAAAGAAAAAGAAGCAAGGAGAGCAUCAGCAGAGAGGAGGGCACGCGAGGAAGCGGAGAGGAGGAUCCAACAAGAACAAAGGCUCAAGGAGAAAGAAGAGGCAGAACGAGAAGCAAGAGAGGCAGAGAGGUUGGCUAGGGAGGAAGCACAAAGCAGGGCACUCUCAGAGAAACAAGCAAGGGAUGAAGCUGAGAGGAAAGCAGAAGAAGCGCUUCGAUACAAAGAGGGACAAGAAGAAGAACGGAGGAAACGAGAAGAAGCAGAGCGACUUGCACAGCUUGAGGCUGACCUGAGGAAGGAAGUCGAAAGACGUGCAGAGGAGGAUUCCAACCAGAAGGAUUCUCCUUCCCCUGACUCUCAAACCGAUGGCAAUGAUAACAUUGUCUACAAACAAGAUGAAAGUAACACUCCUACUCCAGAAACACCUGAAGAAAGAUUCAUCCACCAGCCUAGAACUCUUGUCAAGAAGUCUGAUAUCUUGGUGAAGUAUGAUAUCGGGGCUAAGAUUGGUGAUGGAAACUUUGCAGAUGUCCAUGAAGCCACCAAGAAGGAGACAGGGGAUGUGUUUGCCCUGAAGGUCAUCGAGAAGGCAAAGGUUAAGAACAAAGAACACAUGGUGGAGAAUGAGAUUGCUAUUAUGAAGCAUGUUCGUCAUCCCAACAUCGUAAGGCUGUACGAGGAGUACGAGACUCGGGGCCAUAUCUACCUUGUGAUGGAGUACGUAACCGGAGGUGAUCUCUUUGAUGCUAUCACAGAGAGUGUCAAGUUCACAGAAAGGGAUGCUGCUCUGAUGGUGACUGACCUGGCCAAGGCUCUCAAGUACCUUCAUGACCUGAAUGUUGUCCAUCGUGAUCUGAAGCCUGAGAACUUGCUGGUGAACAAAUCCGAGUCCGGGGAGAUAACCCUGAAGCUUGCUGACUUUGGUCUUGCGAUGGAAGUGAAGGCACCCAUCUAUACUGUGUGUGGUACACCCACCUAUGUAGCACCUGAGAUCCUGGGAGAGACAGGAUACGGUUUGGAGGUGGACAUGUGGGCGAUAGGAGUCAUCACUUACAUCCUGCUGUGUGGCUUCCCGCCAUUCCGGAGCCCAGAUAGAGACCAAGAAGAACUCUUUGAACUCAUCCAAGCAGGAGAAUUCUCUUACGUCUCACCUUACUGGGAUAACAUCUCCUCGGCUGCCAAGGAUCUUAUAAACCACCUCCUAGUUGUCGAUAAAGAGAAACGCUACACAGCUGGUCAGGUUCUCAAGCAUCCCUGGGUCACCAGCGAGGGCGCUGCAGGCAAACAAAUCAACCUGCAGCGGGAGGUGUCGAUGAACCUUGAGAAGAACUUCAAGGAUCGACGGAGUGCGAAACGAAAGCCAGUCGCUCCCAAGAACUGAAACAGUCGUCAAAAAAUGAAUGGAAGAUCUAGUGUAAAUAUAUAUGUAUGAGCAUUUAUUUUAGCACAAUAUUCUUCAUAUUUAUAUAUAUAUCAUACACUCACCAGUGACAAUUCAGGAAGUUUUACUAGUAAUUUAUUAUGUAUAUCUAGAUAUUCACAAUUCAUGAGUUCCAUGACGUUUGCUCCUGCGACAAUUGCUCCUACCAAAAAAUUCAUAUACUAAGCCAAACAUCAUACUGAACUUUAAACAUAACGUAUAGCUUAAUCCUUUUCCUCACAUUCUGAACCAUAAACCUUAUGACAAUCCUAACCUUCACAUAAAAUCUUAAGAGAAAUUUGCUGAGGAGCAUUUGUUGCAGGAGCAAAUGUCUAGUUACCAUUUCAUGAAAUGUUUGACAAUUAUGAGGAGUGCAUCUGAUUCAAAUUAAAACCAGGUAAUCUUCAAAUAUAUGUUUGAAUAAAAUCUGAAAUAAUUGUAUUAUAUUGUGAAUAAAGUCUGUAUAUUCAAGAAGUCUUGGUAAAUGCAGGGUUUUGGUAUUUUGUAUACAUAUAUCAUAAUCAAGACAAUUAGAAAUUGAAUAUUUAUCAUCAUGCACUGACAAAAAUUGAAAUUUAUUUUCUGUCUUUAUGAUAUCCUGUAAAUCUUGUUUGUGAUAGAUAAACAUGGAUUUAAAGCCUGUCUAUCAAUCUGUCAAUCGGAAGAAAGAAUUGCUUUUCAAGGCUGUGUAUUUGAGGAAUGACUUUUACACCUCAGGAACAUUAACAAAUAUUUGAUAGUCAGCUUCUGAUGAUGUCAUGUUUGUGGGGUAUAUUUGUAUAUGUGCCGUGACCAUGAUUUUUUAGUUAGCUUUGUGAUUUCAUGUUCAAUGUGAAGAUAUUUUGUUUGCAUGUGGCAAGGAA